AUUCCGAGGAAUUUGCUCUAUUCCUGCACGCUGAGCUUCUUCCACCCUUAAAUACACAGGAGGAUAUGGCUCGUACUCUAGACCUUUCGUAAUGAAGAUUUUCUGUCUCUUGCUUGGAUUGUUCGUCUCAUUCGCGUUUGCUCUCACAUACCAUGGCUCGGACCUGUCAUCUCUUGCCAUUGUGGAAAAGAAUGGCGUAUCCUUCAGCGACAACGGAAAUAAGGCACCUUUUGAAACUAUUCUACGCAACCAUGGAAGCAACGCUGCACGAAUUAGGAUCUGGACAGCUGGAGACUAUAGCCUGGAUUAUGGUCUUGCCCUCGCCAAGCGGGUCAAGGCUGCUGGCAUGACGCUGGUAGUUGACCUUCACUUUAGUGAUACAUGGGCGGAUCCUGGCAAGCAAGGAAUUCCUUCGAGCUGGCCAAAAGAUCUCAAUGGUCUCAAUACCCAAAUCUAUACGUAUACUCAGAGUCUGGUCAAGUCAUUCGCGUCCCAGGGCACCCCAAUCGACAUUUUGCAGGUUGGAAAUGAGAUCAACAAUGGCCUCCUCUGGCCUGUUGGUCAGAUCUCCGUGAACGGUAUCAAUCCUGUCUCUCAGCUUCUCCAUUCAGCCAUCAAUGGAACCAAGUCAUCGGGUUCGCCCAAGAUCCUUAUUCAUCUUGCCAACGGUUGGGACUGGACCGACCUCAAUUGGUGGUUCUCUAACGUCUUCAUCCAAGGCGCACUCUCCACAUCCGAUGUGGAUAUCAUCGGUGUCUCUUUCUACCCGUUCUAUGACUCUGGUGCUACGCUGAGUGCGCUCAAGUCAUCCCUAACCAAUCUCGCCAACAAACUUGGAAAACCAAUUGUGGUGGCUGAGACGGACUGGCCAGUGUCCUGUCCUGGAGUGAAAUUGACAGAGCCAAGCAUUUCUAUUUCUGCUGCGGGGCAGGAAACUUGGAUUACCGAUAUCAGGAAUAUUCUUGCUGGAUUGCCGAACGGCCUUGGUCAGGGUAUUUUCUACUGGGAGCCCGGUUGGGUGGGAAGCGCUAAUCUUGGGUCAGGAUGCAGCGAUAACCUGGUGGUAGACUCGAAGGGUAAUACGAGAACGUCCAUAAAUAUUUUCAACGACAUGUAGUCCAAACGUGUACAAAACCAACAUCAGCAAGAUAGUUGGGAAAUAUCUAUGGUGGCUUGUUCAAUCAUCGCGCUGAAACUAAAAUGUCUUC